AUGCAAACGGUCACAAUCCCCCUGGGCGUUUUCAUUACCCUUAUUAUUCUUAUUGUCCUUCUUAUUGUAAUUCUUGUCUUCGUUUUUACUCGGCCUUAUUGUGUCGAACCAUCUGAGCGUGAACCAGACGAAGCUGCUCUAAGACCUCUAACCGAGGCUGUCAACCAGCCGAGAACAUCUGACAUAAGAAUACUGAAUUCAGCAUCAGACAGAAUACUUUCUAAAGCUCCUUCUCCCCAAUGCAAAGCACCCCCCCGGGCUCCUACAAAGUACUUGGGGGUCCCUGUUGUUGCCCUUGCCGCCGAUGACAUUAUGGAAGCCCGGAAAUGGAUGGCUAAGCGAGGUAUAAGGGAAGGGUCUAACGUCGACAGUUGGGCCGGCGAAUACGAGCUUACGUUGGACCCGCAGCCAAAUGACAGAGUUCAAGGCGGUAUUCUACUUCCUAGUCUAAGCAAACAGGCUCGAAAGAAGUGGAAAGAAUCAGGAAAGCCUGCCAUGGUGGAGGGAAAGGAUCCUGUCGUUGAGAUUGAGGAAUGGGCACCGAGCCUAACAUACCCCUUUACUGCUCUACUGGCAAGGGUGACUAGUAAAACCAAAGUCUAUGAGACAAAACUUGUUUGA